AUGGAGGAAUCAAUUUGGCUAUGCCUAUACACAGCUUUCUCUCUCUUUCUUGUACUUCUGGUUUCCAAGUUUCUGUCAGCCAAAAAAAGCAAACUUCCGCCAAGCCCUGUACCGGCCCUUCCUUUCAUAGGUCAUUUGCACCUCUUGAAACAACCUUUGCACCAAACCUUCCACCAUCUCUCUGAAAAAUUAGGUCCAAUAUUUUCCCUCCGCUUUGGCAACCGGCUAUUGGUGGUGGUGUCAUCUUCAACGGCGGCAGAAGAAUGCUUCACCAAGAAUGAUAUUUUGUUGGCCAACCGCCCUCGUUUUCUCAUAGGCAAAUACAUUGGCUAUAACUACACAACUCUCGUCGGCUCCUCAUAUGGCGAGCACUGGAGAAACCUUAGACGCUUCAGUGCAGUUGAAAUAUUUUCUUCCAGUCGCCUCAACGUUUUCCUGUCCAUGCGACAAGAUGAAAUCAGACGUCAGUUGCAAAAGCUAUACAAGAAGUCACAUAAUCACUUUGCAAAAGUUGAACUCAAAUCUAUGCUCUCUGAACUGUCCUUCAACAUUAUCAUGAGAAUGGUGGCUGGGAAGCGAUAUUUUGGAGAAGAUGACGACAACGACGAGGGUAAGCAUUUCCGGGAACUUAUUGAUGAAGCUUUUGCACUUGGCGGGGCAUCAAAUCCAGGAGAUUUUCUUCCACUUUUGAAAUGGAUAGACUACAAAGGAUUUCAGAAGAAUUUGGCUAGGGUAGGUGGGAAAAUGAAUUCAUUCUUGCAAGGUCUCAUUGAUGAGCGACGCCGUAAACAGAGUGAAAAUACCAUGAUCGAUCAUUUGCUUUCUUUACAAGAUUCCCAACCAGAAUAUUACACAGAUACAAUCAUCAAAGGGCUAAUAAAUGUUAUGCUAAAUGCCGGAACAGACACAUCUUCCGUGACCAUAGAAUGGGCUUUGUCGGCUUUGCUCAACCAUCCGGAGAAGCUGGAAAGGGUUAAAGCUGAGAUUGACAGGCUUGUGGGCAAUGAUCGUCUGAUUGAGGAAUCGGAUCUGUCCAAUCUUCAUUACUUACAAGCAAUUAUUUCUGAGACUUUCAGAUUGCUCCCAGCAGCACCAUUACUCGUGCCACAUGAAGCAUCAGAUAACUGUAAAAUUGGGGGCUAUGAUAUACCUCGUGGCACAAUCUUGCUCGUCAAUGCUUGGGCCAUUCACAGGGAUCCCACAAUUUGGGAUGACCCCACAAGCUUCAAGCCAGAGAGAUUUGAAGUAGGAGAAGUUGGACCACCAAAAUUGAUGCCAUUUGGAAUGGGGAGGAGGUCAUGUCCCGGUGCUGGCCUGGCCCAACGAGUGGUGGGUUUGACCUUAGGAUCUUUAAUUCAGUGUUUUGAAUGGCAAAGGAUUAAUGAAGAGAAGAUUGAUUUAAAAGAGGGAAAAGGGCUCACUAUGCCCGAAGCUGUGCCACUCGAGGCAAAUUGCAAAGCACGUAAUGUACUUCACAAGGUUCUUUCUGGUGUUGCCUGA